GCCCCUGAAGAUCUCGCCUGUGGCCAAUGACUCUGAAUGUUUACCACCAACAUGGGUGCACUUACAGAUUGUAUGCAUCUAUUUAGCAAGUAAUAUUGAGCAACACAAAUCACAUGGUGGAUGAAAUCCGUCAAGUAUUCAUGGGUUCCUUGUUUCCGGGGUUUUGUGUUUCCCUGGCUUUUGGGGGUCAGGUGACAGCAUUCGUCCAAUCCACAGGCAGAGCCGCGGAGCAGCGCUUUGAUAAAGGCAGCUUGUCAGCGACGCAAUGGCUCACUCACAAAGCUGCGGCGGCAUACAGCCCCGAAACACUCCGGACCAGUCCGGCCGAAUGCUGAUGCGUUCCCAGGACACCCUAGUAGACUAGACAGCCUCCAACCAUUUGUGGACAUACCCGGCCGCUCAGAGUAAUCCUCAUCCCACCGGGGCAACGACAAUUUGGCUCACCGUUGUAUCCAUUUUCGCACAAGGGCGAAGAGGGCAAAAACGCUCUUGGCUGUCGGCUGUUACCCACACGCUCUCACUUGAUAAACUAGUUAGCCCAUUAUUUCCCAAUUGGCUCUUUUCAAGAGGGCAGGGCGCAGCGGCGUGAAGCGUGAGAAGCUUAUACGGGAAGGAGUCGCCAGUCCGCCAUGGAGAACGCGCACACGAAGAGUGUGGAGGAAGUUUACACUUGUUUCUGCGUCAACGAGAGCACAGGACUCUCUCUGGACGAAGUGAAACGACAGCGGGAGAAAUGGGGCCUGAACGAGUUACCAGCAGAAGAAGGGAAAUCGUUAUGGGAGCUUGUCCUUGAACAGUUUGAAGACUUACUCGUACGAAUUCUUCUGCUUGCUGCAUGUAUUUCAUUUGUCCUGGCCUGGUUUGAGGAGGGAGAAGAAAGUAUUACUGCAUUUGUGGAACCUUUUGUGAUUUUGCUCAUUCUUAUUGCUAAUGCCAUCGUUGGUGUGUGGCAGGAACGCAAUGCUGAGGAUGCGAUUGAGGCGCUGAAGGAGUAUGAACCUGAGAUGGGGAAAGUGUAUCGACAGGACAGAAAGACAGUCCAGAGGAUCAAGGCUCGAGAUAUUGUUCCUGGAGACAUUGUAGAAGUUGCUGUUGGAGACAAAGUGCCUGCUGAUAUCCGUAUAUGUUCAAUCAAAUCAACAACUUUGAGAGUGGACCAGUCCAUACUAACUGGCGAAUCAGUCUCCGUCAUUAAACAUACAGACCCUGUGCCCGAUCCUCGUGCUGUCAAUCAAGACAAAAAGAACAUGCUAUUCUCUGGUACCAACAUUGCUGCUGGGAAGGCUGUGGGUGUGGUGGUGGCUACAGGUGUUAACACCGAGAUCGGCAAGAUCCGUGAUGAGAUGGCAGCAACUGAGCAGGAGAAGACACCCCUGCAACAGAAGCUCGAUGAGUUUGGUGAACAGCUUUCCAAGGUCAUUUCCGUCAUCUGUAUUGCGGUGUGGAUAAUCAACAUCGGCCAUUUCAACGACCCUGUACACGGAGGCUCUUGGAUCCGAGGAGCCGUCUACUACUUCAAGAUUGCUGUGGCACUGGCUGUGGCCGCCAUCCCCGAAGGUUUGCCUGCUGUCAUCACCACCUGUUUGGCACUGGGCACCCGUCGCAUGGCCAAGAAAAAUGCCAUUGUACGCAGCUUGCCUUCUGUGGAAACUCUGGGCUGCACUUCUGUCAUUUGUUCUGACAAGACAGGAACUCUAACCACCAAUCAGAUGUCUGUCUGCAGAAUGUUCGUUAUCAACAAAGCUGAAGUUGAGAACUGCUCUUUGUCAGAGUUUACCAUCACAGGUUCUACUUAUGCACCUGAAGGCGACGUGUACCAGAAUGGUAAACAAGUGAAAUCCUCUCAGUAUGAUGCUCUGGUGGAACUGGCCACCAUCUGCGCCCUGUGUAAUGACUCGUCGCUGGACUUCAAUGAGGUGAAAGGGGUAUAUGAAAAGGUCGGUGAGGCGACAGAGACAGCACUGACCUGUCUGGUGGAGAAGAUGAAUGUCUUUGACACUGAGGUCCAGAACCUGUCAAAGAUCGACAGGGCUAAUGCCUGCAACUCUGUGAUCAAACAACUGAUGAAGAAAGAGUGUACUCUGGAGUUCUCCAGAGACAGGAAAUCCAUGUCCGUCUACUGCACACCCAAUAAGUCACGUUCUUCCAUGGGAAAAAUGUUUGUGAAGGGAGCACCGGAGGGCGUUCUCGAGAGAUGCACCCAUGUGAGAAUGGGGAACAGCAAAGUUCCAUUAAGCAAAGCCAUCAAGGAAAAGAUCAUGUCUGUGAUCCGUGAAUACGGGACCGGUCGGGACACUUUGAGGUGUCUGGCCCUGGCCACGCGAGACAGCCCACCCAAGAUGGAGGACAUGAUACUGUCCGAACCCACCAAAUUCUCCGAAUAUGAGUCGGACCUGACCUUUGUCGGCUGUGUCGGCAUGCUGGACCCUCCCAGACAAGAGGUGGCGGCGUCCAUCAAGCUGUGCCGGCAGGCUGGCAUCCGCGUCAUCAUGAUCACUGGAGACAACAAGGGCACAGCUGUGGCGAUCUGCCGCCGGAUCGGCAUCUUCUCAGAGGAUGACGACGUUGAGCAGAUGGCCUUCACCGGACGAGAGUUUGAUGAACUGGCUCCCAAUGCCCAGUUAGAGGCCGUCACCCAUGCACGCUGCUUUGCACGCGUGGAGCCUUCUCACAAGUCCAAAAUCGUCGAGUUCCUGCAAGGAUUUGACGAGAUCACGGCUAUGACAGGAGAUGGUGUGAACGACGCCCCUGCCUUAAAGAAGGCCGAGAUCGGCAUCGCCAUGGGCUCCGGCACUGCCGUGGCCAAGUCAGCCUCUGAGAUGGUCCUCGCCGAUGACAACUUCUCUUCCAUUGUGGCUGCUGUUGAGGAAGGCCGCGCUAUCUACAACAACAUGAAGCAGUUCAUCAGAUACCUCAUCUCCUCCAACGUCGGGGAGGUCGUCUGUAUCUUCCUCACGGCGGCGCUGGGCUUCCCCGAGGCACUGAUUCCAGUUCAGCUGCUGUGGGUCAACCUGGUGACCGACGGCCUUCCCGCGACCGCCCUGGGCUUCAACCCGCCGGACCUUGACAUCAUGGAGAAGCCACCGCGCAACGCUAAAGAGCCGCUCAUUUCCGGAUGGCUCUUCUUUCGAUAUUUGGCCAUUGGUGGUUAUGUUGGUGCCGCCACUGUGGGCGCUGCGGCCUGGUGGUUUACACUUUCUGAAGAUGGACCUCAGAUCACACUGUACCAGUUGAGCCACUUCCUGCAGUGCAGCCCGGACAACCCGGAUUUCGAUGGCCUAGACUGCGAGGCGUUUGAGUCCCCCUACCCCAUGACCAUGGCUCUGUCUGUGCUUGUCACCAUUGAGAUGUGCAACGCUCUGAACAGUCUCUCAGAGAAUCAGUCCCUUCUGCGGAUGCCUCCUUGGGAGAACGUUUGGCUGCUGGGGGCCAUCUGCCUCUCAAUGUCACUGCAUUUCCUCAUCCUCUAUGUGGAGCCUCUGCCGGUCAUUUUCCAGAUCACCCCUCUGGACGCCACCCAGUGGAUGAUGGUGCUGAAGAUCUCGAUGCCCGUCAUCCUGCUGGACGAGCUGCUGAAGUUUGCGGCCAGGCACCACUUGGACUUGGGUAAAGAGCCAGAGAAGCCGGCGGUGGGCACUAAAGGGGGCCCUCUGUGUGCAUGUUCCAAGGGCAUUUCGUGGCCCUUUGUGGCCAUCUCCCUGCCUCUGGUGCUGUGGAUCUACAGCACUGACUCUAACGUGGCUGCUGUUUUGUGGCCCUGACUGACUUCCCAGGCAUCCGUGUGGAGUGGACAUUAACACACACACACACACACACACCUAACAGAAACAUUAACUUACGGUCAACACUCGCUCCUGGUGUGGUGACAAACACAUCUUUGAUAGUUAGGACUUUUUAGCAAUCCAUCUUGGGGGCGGCGGAGUGGCUGUAAUUAGUUUCAUGUUCUUACUUUCUUAACACACUUUUUAUAUUAUUAUUAUAAUACUUGUGUUGAAUGACCCAACUUUUAGAAAAAAAAUGACCAUUUAUCAUUUUGUAAGGCUGUCUGGGAAUAAGAAGAAUCCCAAUUAAGGACUCGAGUGUCUGCAUUUUGUAGUUUCUGCAUUAGACAGAGCACAGCUACCUCACCGCUGUUCUAUAACCAUUACUACAGUACUUGUAUUUGUCUCCACGACCAACACGUAUCAUUUUAAGCACUCAAAGCCUUCAUACAUGCCUUUUGUUUUUUUGUGGUAUUCUUCGUGAGGUGAAGACUUUGUGUAUUUCUUUUGUUCAUCAUUUUAAUUACAUUAAUGCAUAUAUGUGCACAUACUGUACUUGAAUAUACUGUAUAAGAUUCUUCACACGAACAGCCUGGUUUUCACCUGUGUGGGCAUGUGUCAGAGGUGUGUAUAUGUGGACAUAAGCCCACAAAGUAGAAACUCUGGAUUUUAUUGUUGCUGUUGAAAUAUUUGACGAGUGCUUGUUUUGCCACUGUGAGCUUUUUCCUUCAAGGCCUUCCAAGCAUUUGCCUGCAGCGUGAGUACACUUUGACCCGCAUGUCAACAAUCGCAUGCCCUUUCUUGUGUUAUGGUUUAUACAACAGCUCCUUAGACUUUAACAAGCUUUUAAAAACAUAGUAUUGAUUGUACUUGAGUUGAAAGAGGAGUUGAUCAUGGGGUUGUUUUAAAUGCCUUCAGCAUCACAAAUUGCUAAGUGGAUGUUAAAUUCACAUUUCAAACUGGCACAAUUUUUUUGUUUGUUUAUAGAUGGGCACACUGACACCAGUCCACACAACAUCACAAACUAUAUUUUGCUUUCUAAUUUCCACUUGAAAUAAUCAUUUUCAGCUCGCCAAUUUUCUGUACUUUACAUUAAAAUAGGUGAACACACUUGCAA